GAAAAUUUGGUUUUUGUCCACUUAGAGUUCCUUCUCUAACGAUGAGAAACAGUCCUGCUCUCAGAAAACUCAGUAUGGAGGCCUCAGAGUUCACAGUUCAUAGUCUAUUAGGAACAGGAAAAAGAUGGAGGACAUGUAUAUAAAGUCACCCCAGUCCAAAGUAAAAUAGUGUCAAUUGUUUCCAAUGAUAACAGCCAGCUGGUUAAGUCAGGCGAGCUCUCCGCAGACUAUAUGUGCUUUUAUGGGCAGCUUCAAAUUCCUUUAGGAGGGGGUGGAUGCAGGUGAAGAGGUGGUAGUUAGGUAAGGCUUCCGAGAAGAGAGAAGGUUGAUUUACAUGCCUCUUUCCACCAUGCUGAUGUCAAGGGGUGUGCUGUGCUCUCUUGCAGCCAGCGUCCCGUGUUCGGUGGCCCCAGAAAAGCCAGUGUGUAGACCUCAGCCACCCCAGGUCCGACGUACAUUCUCCCUGGACACCAUCCUCAGCUCGUACCUUCUGGGCCAGUGGCCACGAGAUGCUGAUGGGGCCUUCACCUGCUGUACCAAUGACAAGGCCACUCAGACCCCCCUGUCCUGGCAAGAGCUUGAAGGAGAGCGGGCCAGCUCCUGUACACACAAGCGCUCAGCGUCCUGGGGCAGCACAGACCACCGCAAAGAGAUUACCAAGUUGAAGCAACAACUGCAGAGGACAAAGCUGAGCCGCAGUGGGAAAGAGAAGGAGCGGGGCUCUCCACUCCAAGGGGACCAUGCUGUGCGGGGAACACUGAGGGCAUCCCCUCCCAGCUUCCCCUCAGGGUCUCCUGUCCUUCGACUCAGCCCCUGCCUGCACCGGAGCCUGGAGGGGCUCAACCAAGAGCUGGAGGAGGUGUUCGUGAAGGAGCAGGGUGAAGAGGAGCUGCUGCGGAUCCUUGAUAUCCCUGAUGGGCACCGUGCCCCAGCUCCCCCCCAGAAUAGCAGCUGUGAUCACCCCCUCCUCCUCCUGGAGACUGGCAACCUCUCCAGCUCUCCCUCCAUGCCUCUGGCAUCCCCCCAGCCUUCUGGCCAGACCAGCCGUGAGGAACAUCGGGGUGCAGUUGAGGAGCUGGCAUCCAUCCCCAACGACAAAGCCUCCCCUCCAGGCCACUCAGCCUUCCUUGAAGACGGCAGCCCAUCUCCUGUCCUUGCGUUUGCCUCCUCCCCUCGGCCCAAUCACAGCUACGUCUUCAAACGGGAGCCCCCGGAAGGCUGUGAGAGAGUGCGUGUGUUUGAAGAGGCCACGUCUCCAGGUCCUGACUUGGCCUUCGUGACUUCCUGUCCUGACAAGAACAAAGUCCAUUUCAACCCCACCGGCUCGGCCUUCUGCCCCGUCAGCUUGAUGAAGCCCCUCUUCCCCAGCAUGGGCUUCAUCUUCCGUAACUGCCCCUCAAGCCCGGGGGCCCCUCUUCCUCCCGCCAGCCCCAGGCCACCGCCUCGGAAGGAUCCAGAGGCCUCCAAGGCCUCCUCGCUGCCAUUCGAGCCGUGGCAGCACACCCCACCAUCAGAAGAGCCCGUGCUUUUCCAGAGCUCCCUGGUGGUCUGAGGGCCCCAUCCCCACCACUUUUCCAUGGAGACCAGUGCCUUGGUGGCAGGCCCCUCCCUAGCUCCCCUGAGGUGGAGAUAAAGGAGCCCUUCCCUCUCGGCCUUCGAGCACUUUCAUUUAUUGUGUCAAAGCCCUGGGUCCUCUUUCUGAUGGACGCAGUUCCCUCUGAGUGCAAAGGGACCUGCCUUCUCCACUAGCAGCUGGGCAGCUUACAAGUCACACUUGUGUUCUUGCCACCUUUCUCACUUGGUGGAAAACUCACCCAGAAGGUCUUGGGUCCCUCACCCCUGGGUGUGAGUCCAAAGGACUGUAUAUGGGGCCCUUGUCUUUGUCAUGGAGCAAGCUCACCAUGAUCAGCGGAGAGGGGACAUGACAGAUUUUCUUCCCUUUCUACAGACAGAAGAGGAGACCGGAAGAUAGAUACCCCCAUUCUCUCAGCCUCUAUCCCCAUGCUUCCCUCUCAUUAUAGGAGCUGACCAAAGCAGCCCUAAAGGGCCAUAACACUUGACCAAUCCAGCUGCUGGCAGAAAGGGGACCCUAGCGUUUUCCCAAGUGGCAUUUUCAUCUCGCUUUCGUCCUGACUAAGAUUGUCUUAAGCAGCAGCCCAACCUGCCCAGCCCCAGGUGGGUAGUGGGGGAAGGGGAGAGCUGGUAUUCCUCCAGGUGGCAAGUGGUGACUGUAUACCCUCCACCUGCCCCAGGACUGGGUUGGAUUAGAAAAAUGCCUAUUUUUCUUGUAUCAAUGUAGAAACUCUAUUUUCUCCCAAAGACACUAUUUUUGCAGCUGUUUGAAGUUUGUAUAUUUUCCGUACCGCAGAGCUUCACAAAAUUGAAGAAGAAUGUUAAUGUUCAAGUUUUCUUAUUCUGUGUUUAGAAGUUUGUUUUUGUUGUUGUUUUUUUGUCUGUGUUUUUUUUUUUUUUUGCAGAUCUUGGUGUUAAUAGACCAAAUAAAUAAGUAUUCCCAGCA